AUGGCAUUGGCUCUUCGUUCGUUGUUCCUCCUUUGUGGGUUGAAUGGACUGCUGACUGGAGUCGGGUCUUUCCCUUCGAAAAUGUUCAAAGACGUGAGCUGUCCUGAAGGAUGGACACAGCUGGAUUGCAGGUGUUACAUCUACCAAAGUGAAGCGAGGGAAUUUGCAGAUGCAGAGGCCGUCUGCGGCAUUCUUGGUGGCAAUCUGAUCUCCAUCGGCAGUGACUUGGAGAAUGCGAUCGCGCAAGAGUUGAGUGAGGACGGAGGUAGUGUAGUCUGGAUUGGUUAUCAUGAUGCCGUCGAGUCUAGCGCUUUCAUGUGGACUGACGGUACAUCAGAAGGUUACGAGAACUUUUUCUCUGGAUUUCCUAGUGGAAGUGGUAAUUGCGUUCAAUUGGACACCUCAGUUGGCGAAUGGUCUAAUACUAGCUGUGAUUUGGAGAGACCCUAUGUGUGCUGCAUGGAUGCCGGUCAUUAGGUCAUUCUUCUUGACAUCCUGUCUGCCAUCAC